UUUACAAUGGAACACCCACUCCAUUGUACUACUAACUGCUUGAUAUUUGCAAAGUAGCGACACACAUCGAUCCUAUCAUGGAGUCACAGGUGAUUACCAGCCCUGAGGAAAUUGUCAGGCUUUACAAAGAACUCAGCCUCUUCCCUUCAUUAAGCAGAGCAGAUAUUGGACCUGUCAUUACGUCCCAGUAUGGAGGCAAAUACAGCAACAUCUACACAGAAUGGAGCCAGCGUGAUCUGGAGAGAAAUGAGAACGUCAAGUUCUGCAGACAGUACAUUGUAUUCCAUGAUGACAAAUCGGUAGUCUUCUCUGGAGCCUCUGGAAACAGCACUGAAAUCAAAGGAGAGUUGCUCAGUAAGGAUUCACCUUCUGGUGAAAUGAAGGCUGUGGUCAGAGAGUGCACAAUCAAAGGGGAGGACACACAGUUUCUGGAGAUCUGGAGUAAAAACAUCAAGAUGAAGAGUAUCAAUCUGACAGCUUUAAAGAAGCAUGGCAAAGUCUAUGAAGAUGACCAGUUUGGCUCUCUGGUUUGGUCCCAUUCUGGGACCCACCUCUUAUAUGUGGCAGAGAGGAAGAGGCCCAAGGCAGAAUCUUUCUUCCAGUCUAACUCCACAGCUUUAUCAUCUAUUGGAGAUGAGGAGGAGGCCAUACGGGUGGAGAAAAAGGAAGCUGUAAAAGGGGAGCAGUUUGUCUUCCAUGAGGAUUGGGGAGAGGCACUGGUUAGUAAGAGCCGUCCAGUGCUUUGUGUCUUGGACAUAGACGGUGACAGCGUCUCUGUGUUGGAGGGAGUGCCCGAAAAUAUCUCACCUGGACAGGCGUUUUGGGCUCCGGGUGACACAGGCGUAGUGUUUGUAGGCUGGUGGCAUGAGCCUUUUAGACUGGGCCUCAAGUACUGUCCAAACAGGAGGUCAUCUCUCUUCUAUGUGGAUCUCACUGGUGGGAAAUGUGAGCAGCUGUCAUCAGGCACCAGUGCUGUGUGCUCCCCCAGGCUGAGCCCUGAUCAGUGUCGCAUUGUUUACCUGGAAUGUUCUGUCUUUGGACCACACAUGCAGUGCAGCCGCCUCUGUAUGUAUGACUGGUAUACUAAGAAGACCUCUGUGGUGGUGGAUGAGGUUAAGAGGCCUACAGAAGAUGGCUUUGCUGGUAUCUACAGCUCUCAGUUGUCCCCUCAGUGCUGGUCAGCUGAUAGCCAGCGGAUUAUUAUAUCUUGCCCUCAGCGCAGUCGCAAGGAUCUGUUAAUGGUGGAUAUAAGCACUGGGAGUAUCACCUCUCUGACUUCAAAGUCUGUUAUUGGUAACUGGUGUCUGCUGAACAUGGAGAGAGAUUUGAUGGUGGUCAGCUGCUCCUCUCCAAACAGCCCUCCAAGUCUGAGGGUGGGCUUCCUUCCUCCCAGGGAUUCUCAGGAGGAAGUUGCCUGGGUUAUUUUGGAAGACUCUCAGAAGUUACCUGAUAUUGAUUGGCAGAUCUUGACUUUCACCCCACCUCCAGAGCAAAACAACAGUCAAUAUCCUGGCCUUGAUUUUGAAGCUUUGCUGAUCAAACCGAAGGAGAUUAAAGAUGGAGUGAAGCUGCCUCUUAUCGUCACUCCUCAUGGGGGUCCUCACUCAGUGAUUGUGGCUGAGUGGCUUCUCUCAUCAUCUGUGCUGUGCCAGAUGGGCUUUGCCAUCCUACUGGUGAACUAUCGUGGCUCUCUUGGAUUCGGCCAGGACAGUAUCCACUCAUUACCUGGCAAUGUUGGCGACCAGGAUGUCAAGGAUGUUCAUUUCGCUGUUGAAAGUGUCCUGAAAGGUGCAGAGUUUGAUGCACAGAAGGUGGCUGUUUCUGGGGGUUCCCAUGGUGGUUUCCUGGCCUGUCACCUCAUCGGCCAGUACCCGGGCUUCUACAAGGCCUGUAUAGCUCGUAACCCUGUCACCAAUCUGGCCUCUAUGAUUGGCAGCACAGACAUCCCAGACUGGUGCAUGGCUGUGACUGGCUUUGACUACAGCACUGACUGUUUGCCUGAUCCAGCUGUUUGGGAACAGAUGUUGAACAAGUCUCCCAUUAAACACAUCCCACAGGUACAGACGCCAGUGUUGCUUACCUUAGGGGAAGAUGACAAGCGUGUGCCUAGCAAGCAAGGAAUUGAAUAUUACAGAGCUCUCAAAGCAAAACAGGUCCCAGUGCGGUUGCUGUGGUACCCAGGGAACAAUCACUCUCUCUCCAAGGUGGAUGCAGAGUCUGACGGCUUUAUGAACAUUGCUCUGUGGAUAAUUCAGCACUUGUGUCAGUGAUGGUAAAUACGAAGUGAUAGGACACUACUGUGUGUAAGGGAUAUUCUACUUUUAUGAGGUUCAAGCCAAAGAAUUUAAAGUGCUUUCCAACACAAGGAUAUGUUGUACUUUUUAAUCUAUCUCUAUCGAGGGUUGUUUCCAAGGUUGUUUUCUAAAAGUAGAUGGACUGUUUUAUUGCAGCACUUUAAUAAAAAUACAUUUGAUGCAGUUUAAAUUCAUCUGAAACACUGUUAGUGUGGACAAUUUUGCUGUCUCUACAUAACUUAGAAACUAAGGGCUUCUCAGUCUGCUGUUUAUGUUUGAGACAAAAAUAGAUCCAUAAUUGCUUUUUUUUUCUUUGCUUAGUGUAAAAAAAUCAAUAUUGGUUUGAUUUCAUAUCAGUGCACUUAAUAAAGUUGUUAUGAAAAUA